CCAAACACCGCGUCGCGAAUCAGUGCAUUUUAUAUUUAAUUCACCAAACACUCACCAAACUUGUGGACCACAUCAAUUAACAAGUGCAGGACUAUAUUAUUUGGUAUAAUGACGUCACGUUUCUGGAAUAACUGGACAAAAGACGAGUCGGAUGUGCAAUCGGCGAUUUAUCAUCACCACGAGGACGAGAGUUGGUCCAAGAUCCAGAGGAAUGGUAAAUCACACGGCAAUGUAAUAAAAGUUAAUCAUGAAUUUGGCUCUUGGGGGUCUGAUGAUGUUGAGAGAAACGACACGACCCGGAGACAGUCUAAAGGCAGUGGCUCAAUGACAGAUGACAAUGACAGAGUCAUUGGUGCGAGACUGAUGAACGGUAAGUCAAGUGCAAGCAACGGUUCAGGAAAACAGGUCAAUUGUGCGGAUGAUUUGUCAGGGAUGGAGGAUUGCAAUGAUUUAGCGAGAUAUCAGCCAUUUGGCGAGAGACCGAAUGAAAAGAGGGAAAGAAAAACAAGUGGAGUCAAAAGAUUUACCAGCAAGAUUGAGAAUUCCGAGUACAAAGGUAUCAUUGAGAGUGAGUCGAUGAAUCGGAGGCAUUCAAAGCAGGAGAAUCCCUUUUUGCUGAAGGAUGAGAGGAUAAAUGGUAAUUUCAAGAGCAGAAGGUCGUCUGGUACAGAAAAUGAGAGUAUGUUCUUGGGUUUGGCUGGUAAAGGACACAGAGAGGAUCCCCAUUCCCAAAGAUCAUCGAGAUACACUGAGGAUUCACCGGAUCGUGAAGUCGAGAAUACAUUGAAAGAUCUCAAUGGCAGAUGUAUGACAAAUGAUUGCCGAAAGGAUUCUGAUUUUGAGGUGCAGUUUUCCAUGUACGAGAGAGUACCUAAAGGAACGCUUAAGGACAGUGAUCUAGUCAGAAAAAGCCGGAAGAAUUCGGUGGAUGAUGAGAGGAGCAGAAAGAGCUCAUUCGAGUAUCAUUACAGGAGUGCUGAUGCUGAUGACAAGCAUUUUCAAUCACCACCAUCAUCACCAACCAAGCGAGAGUCUUUCUACGACAGAGAUACCGCUGAUAAUUCAUCAUACCGAGGUGCUAACAGAGAUCAUCACACGAGAAAUGAAUCGUGUGAACGCGACAGUGAAUAUGUGAGGGGCAAAUGUGAUGUUAAGAUGCUCAAUCGACACUCGAGACCGCUAACACCACCUACAACACUCGUUGAUCACGAGGCCAGUAAUAAUUAUAUGAUAAAUUCACGUGUCUUUUCCACGAAAGAUCCCUACGAUGAUUUUAUCAGAAAUAAAAACAGGAAUAAAUCACACCGCGAUUCCCGCGAUUCCCGCGAUUUGUCGUGGAUUGAUAGAGAAUUGUCAUGCUAUUCGGACGACCAGUCACCAGAACCUGAGUCCAGCAAGGGAUUUAGUGACAAUCGUAGGGCAAAUCGAAACGGUGAUUUCUCCACAAUCGAGAGAAAUGGAACGACUGUGAUCCGAAUUAGGGCGAGCUCCAGGAGUCCUGUCACCCGAGAUGAGAAGACAUUCGAUCAUCGAUUGGCGCGAGAUGAUUCAGAUAAAAUACCCAGGCAAUUCAUCGGGGAUGACGAGGACUCUGACGACUACGAGGAUUUUUUCAACAAUCGGAAGAGAGAGUCACAUCAUCCUCGUCAUCAUGAUUCGACCGUGCAAAUAACAGACCUUGAGGAUGGCCAGCCGUGUUUACUGUGCGGCGAGACUUGUCCUGGUUUUUCACCGCAUAACUGGCGGAAAAAUUGCACGAGCUGUAAAUGUCCAAAGGAAGCCCACGAUGUGUGUCACGAGGAGUGGGUGUCGGUACGGGCACGUUUGGGCCUCAAAGGCGAUGGGACGAACAAUUACGUUGGCUUCGAACCACGUGAAAGGGGACUGGCAUGGGCACCACCAGGUCUACCACCAAACAAGGUGGAGGAGUACUUCUCAAUGUUACCAGAAAUAUCAGUACCGAGACUUGGUACUCAGGGGGAGCGUCACAGGGAUCGCCAGUUGUCGACCCAAUUACCAAAACAGGAUUUAGCAAGGGCAUACUGCAGACACCUGGAUCCUCAGCAUUCAGCAAGUGCUGAUGACUUUAUGGCAGCUAGAAAUGAGAUUGCACUUGACAUAGGAACUGUUCAAGAAGUCUUCGAAAGAAAUCAAGAAUGUGGUGCCUGCCACGAACCCCUGAAGUACGGGAGCCUGGUGGUAAUGGCCAGUAAACGCGGACAACUUUAUCACCCCGUGUGCUUUAAAUGUACACAUUGCGACGAAUUGCUCGUUGAUCUAGCGUAUUGUGUUCAUGACGAUACAUUGUACUGCGAGAGGCACUACGCCGAGGAGCUCAAGCCAAGAUGUGCAGCUUGUGAUGAGUUGAUUUUCAGUGGAGAAUACACAAAGGCGAUGAACAAGGAUUGGCACAGCGGCCACUUUUGCUGCUGGCAAUGCGACGAAUCUCUCACUGGACAACGGUAUGUACUACGAGACGAGCAUCCGUAUUGUAUCAAGUGUUACGAGAGCAUUUUUGCCAACGGAUGCGAAGAGUGCAACAAGAUCAUCGGCAUAGACUCAAAGGAUCUGUCGUACAAGGACAAGCACUGGCACGAGGCCUGCUUCCUCUGCCACAAGUGCAGGGUUUCCUUGGUGGACAAACAGUUUGGAAGCAAGGUCGACAAGAUCUACUGCGGCAAUUGCUAUGAUGCCCAAUUUGCAAGCCGUUGCGAUGGAUGUGGCGAGAUCUUCCGCGCUGGUACGAAGAAAAUGGAGUACAAGACCAGGCAGUGGCAUGAAAAGUGCUUCUGCUGCGUCGUAUGCAAGAACCCCAUCGGAUUAAAGAGCUUCAUCCCACGUGAGCAGGAGAUUUACUGCGCUGGCUGCUAUGAGGAUAAGUUUGCCACCCGUUGUGUCAAGUGUAACAAGAUUAUAACCAGCGGUGGUGUUACAUACAAAAACGAGCCGUGGCAUAGAGAUUGCUUUACUUGCACCCACUGCAACAAUUCUCUUGCUGGACAGCGAUUCACUUCGCGCGACGAUAAGCCCUACUGUGCCGAGUGCUUUGGCGAGCUAUUUGCCAAGAGGUGUACCUCCUGCGCAAAACCAAUUACUGGUAUCGGUGGCACUCGUUUCAUCUCAUUCGAGGACAGACACUGGCACAAUGAUUGCUUUAUCUGCGCUGGAUGCAAAACAUCAUUGGUUGGACGUGGUUUUAUAACCGAUGCCGAAGACAUUAUCUGCCCAGAGUGCGCCAAGGCAAAGCUCACGACCGAAUGAUUCAAUGAAAAACGAAAGAACAAAUUGCCCUCCCCCAACAUUAAAGAGUCAAAAAGCUUUUAAAUAUUAUUUCAUAAUCUCGCUACGAUUGAUAUUUGUUUGAUUAACUAUUCCUCACUCAUCUUCCUAGUGAAUUGACAGGAAAAUAAAGGAAAGAGGGGAGCAGUUGCUCCUCCAAUCGUAGCGAUAUUAGUCAUUUACUAUUGUAAUAGUCAUUUGUAAUUUCGACUUUUCCCUAUGACGUGUUAGAUGUGUAAUGUUAAUGCCUCGGCUGCAGCUCUAUCGGAGAGUGUCACGAGCAUUGUCUCGGAUAGAGCUGCGGUAGAUGGCUGUUGUAUUGACUAUUCAACGUGCGAUAAAUGAGCAGUCAUAAUAAUUCUCAUUAAAAGAUAAUAUGGGAGCUAAAAUCACCCGCAGAUGCCUUAAAAAGUAUAUAUAGACAAAAUAUAUAUAUCAAAAUGUCGAUGAGAGUGAGAUGUUGAUGAGAUUAGUGUGAUGUUGUUAAUUUAAAAUUUCCUCAUAUUUUUUUCCCUUAUUCUCUCCUAUUUUUAUCUCGUUUUCUUUGUUUUUUCUGCUUUUUUUGUAAUCGAAGAUCGUCAGGUGAUUCGAUCAGUACGAGUUAAAUCAAGUUUUGUUUUUUUUUUGCCGACGGCAAAAAAUACUGAGAUUUUAUACGCAACAAGAGACGAAAUAAUCUCGUUAUAUUUCUACUUGAUUGACUCAUUCACUCAUCGACGUGUGUUUUCCAUGAAAUUCGCGGCGUGCAUGCUUUAUCUCGUUUGAAAGAGAGAAAAUAAAAAUAAUUGCGUGAACAAUGCACCAUCAUAUACUUUUUUUAAAAUCUCUCAAUCAUGUUUAAAUGCAGCCACGGGAAUUUAUUUAUUAUGAUUUUGCUCAUUGUUUUUCAGUUUGUUUUUUUUUUCUUCGAAUGUGAUCACCAAUAGCAUUGGAAUAAUUCACGGUAAAAUCCCAGAGGAAAAUGAGUCGAAUUCCGAAAGAGGAAUGAUAUGAAAAUAUGAGAAAAAUAGGGGAUUUACCCGCUUCAAUGCACUACACACAGACACGGAAUUCAAUUAUAUCAUUGAAACAAUAAAUAUGGAUUUACGCACGAGUGAUCACUCGUUUCUCCAUCCCCUCCUCAUUCCUCCCCCCACAAUUCCUUUUCCUCUUUAUAGUACCAAUGAAAUUUGUGGCCUUAUUCAAAUAAUUAUACAAACACCGAACCCCGAGCAAACUAACGUUUUGAAUAAUAUUGUUAGUACGAAAUGUUAUCUGAAUUUGUAAUACAGGUGAAUUAAUAUAAAUAUUUAACGCAGAGUUAAUAAAAUCUGUUCUACCCCGUC